UAAAUAUUCGUUUUGUGGAUGCACAUGAUGGUCACCAGCAGUUUAUUUUGUGAUGCGGCUCUUGAUGUCCAUGACGGCCAGCUUGCGCUCUAAUACUGACAGAUGAAACCCAUCCUGCUUUCCAAACUAGGUUUCUCUAGGAAAACUAGAGCCGCUGCGAAUAUUCUUAUUGGAAGUAUUCUCACCAGAUCUGGAUCUCACUCUCCACCAGUUGGAGCUCAGUCUGAGGUAUGCUACAAAUAGUACACGCACUCAUAGAUCCAACAGGUUCGCGCUUGUGCACCACCCUACAGUACGUCAUUCAUACAAGAUGCCAUACCAUCUUUCACCCGCAAUGCUCGAUUUCUCAGCUGCUCGCAUUGACAUCGUUCAAAUAUCGCACGUGUUGGGCAAUAAAUUACUAGACAACUAUAUAGGACUAAUAGUAGACCAGAAGCUCCAGACCGAAUUAUACGUCUUGUCGUUUUUGCUCAAAGAUCGGGUCUAUCCUGAUGAUCUUUGGGAAAUAGUCGGGGAACGCAGUAUAGAAGUGAAGCAGGAUGAAAGAUUGCGAUCGCACCAACGAUCUUGUACUGGUGGAGAUGACGAAAGUCAUGCAAUUGUGGAGCGAAUUCUCAUAGAAGAGAGGAGGAAACGAUGUCAGAUGGAGGUAUCUUUGUACAGCAAGGCUAUCGAACGUUUGGAGCAAUACCGGACGCCAUCAGCACGUAUGAACCCUCUACCCAUGCACGAGACCAAAACUCCCUCAGCAAUGUUGAUUAGGGCGGCUGAACCUUUGGCCCAUGCACUUGUGCCCUGUGCGCCUUUGGCCUGUUCGAUAGCCACGCGAGAGAAGUACGAAGCUUUGACGACGGGGAACGACGGCCUCAUCCCGACUGCAGGGUUUUCGAUUGAUGAACCCUCACCUCUGGACGGCCCUACCCCUUCAGGAGCGCCAGGAGGGGAACCAGGAACCGCCAACUUGAACUGGAUCAGCCCCACGUUACCCCUCAUGAGCACGUGGGUCACCACUAGCGUCCAAGAAGCCUUUUACGAGGCAUUCCACACAGAACUGACAUGUCAAGCGGAGCUGAUGGCCAAGUCAAUGCGUAAUACAUGUGACAACGCUUAUGUGCACAUUCUGGCGCUGGAUUUGCUCACCUUGCGAGCAAAGAUGCGCCGUGCCACAGCCGAGAUGGAAAUUUAUACACUAGCUAUUGAGAAUACCCAAGAAUCCGAUUUUUCUUACGAGAAUCCAUCGAUGUCCUUCUAUAAAACUAUUCCACAGCCUCUAUCCGGAGAGGUGGACGGCGACAACAAUGACGUUGACGAUGGCGUGGAUGUGGAUAUUUACGAGGACACUGACGGAGACAUGGAAGAGGACUAUGAAUUUUGGUAAUGUAGGUUUUCAUGUAAUGGUAGAAACACACCAACGUGC